GGGGGAAGCUCCAUGGUCGAGCCGAGGGUAGUCGCGAAGCAUAGGCUUCUGGUACAAGAAGAUGGAAAGAAGCAGGUUCACAUCUGCGACGUGCACAGCUGGAACGAUUCCGAUGAAGUAGAACACGGUGUGAGCGGCAAACUCGAAGUCCAGACACGUCGCUUCACCCCGAGCAAGACAAUCAAGCACUACCCAAAGUUCAGGCUGACGCUCUCUUCCAAGGCGGAUUCUUCUGGCCUGAUAGCGCCGUUCUUGAACCGGCUACGGAGCACUAGACAGGCUGCCGUGGUGGUACUGAACAAGCGCGGAUGGGUGGGUUAUCUGCUUCCCCAUGCAACGGAGUCGAAGCUGUACUGCCACUUCCACCGCCAGGAGCACAUGGACGCUGCACGCCAGCAGAUCCGCUCGCGGCAACCUGCUAGAAUGCCAAUGUUGGCUCCUAUCGAGCGCGGGCCUUGGGCCUCACGGAAACCAUUGACGAGUCGGGAGUUUGGAGCGAGGCUCGACGGACCAGACUACGAUCCAGCCCUGAUUUACACCAUGGACGAGCUGGACCCAUAUCGAGAUAUGCCAGCACCAUCAAAGGAAGAAUCGCAACAGUUACCGUCACUCGAUGAUACGGAGCACUCCGUCGACAGGCUUGGCAUGAAUGGCGACUUCCGAGAGCAACACUAUGACGUUCCACCUGUUGGUGUGGAUAACGGACUGGGGCAAGGAGGACAACAUGUGGGGCACCGAGAACGCGGGCCUCUAUCCGCGCAGGCAGAAGCAGCAGCAAAGUACAGCGAGGAGCUACGGACUGAGGGUCAGCAAGCUUCGAGUUUUAUCUACCACCUUAAGAGGUUCAACAAUUGGGUCAAAGCCACGCUAAUAUCCAAGGCCAGCAAAGACGCCUCCCAUGCUGGUCUGCGCGUGCUAGACUUGGCGUGCGGAAAAGGCGGAGACUUGUUCAAAUGGGCUACCCACCCUGACGGAGUGGAGAAGUACGUUGGAUCGGACAUCGCCUUCGGGUCGUUACAGCACCUGGUCGAGCGUAUGGCGAAGUCGGCGGAUAGAGGUGGCAGGGGCAACUGGAGCAAGGUUCCAGUGAAGCUUUUUGAGGCGGACCUCGGCAGAAAUGAUGUGCAGGUCGGCAUUGCUACAGGCGUUCAUCGUUUCGUAGGGUAGGGCGCUGGACCAGCAGCGUAACUUCCUUCGAAUUGUAGAAUUCCAACGAGGAGCUUGCAGUCCAUCCGGACUUUGCAUACAAUCCAUUUGGCCGCCUCGUUCUCGAUAGAAUCCCAUCCCGUUGAGCCUACACACACACCCCGGAGAUGAGGGAGACCGUGAGUACGAUUAACAAGCCUGAUAAAAGAGGCAUACUCGAUCCCGUCGGCGACAAUCAAGGUACGAAGCUCGCAACGGUCCUUAUUUUGCUUGUAGAUGGUGCUUUGGUUACCGGCCGGCGCUCGUCUUGUCACCAACUGGCCUAGUUUUAAAACCAGCAGCACACCCAUCCGCAGUCCAAGAAUUUUUACUUACGACGUGCCCAAAGAGUCCUUACUACCAGAAAUGACGGCACACCCAAUGUGGCGGCACCAUUCUGAGCUUGGAGCAUCAGACGGAUGGAGUUUGAAGUUUUGAUGUGCGCAACAUUCCUCGUCCACCCAAUCCAAAGUAAACCCUCACAUGAAAUCGAACCCUCCCUUCAGUCCGUCCUUCAAACAUGGUCCAAUCCAACUCACGUCUUACUUGAUUGAACCCAACUUGCAUGGAAAGGUGGUUCCGGUGAGGUGGCUCCAGCUGGGCCCUGCGGCUCGUCGCUUGCUAGCGCACUAUCGUCAGACUUAAUCCUGGUGUGUCGAGUAGAUUUGGUCGGGAAGCCCGCCACCAUCUUCCUGCGAGUCUUCUCGAUCGCCUUGUCGGUUCGCGCAUACAGAAACAUUAAACAGUCAACCUUACAUGUCGUGUUCGGGAAUGAAGCUCCUUUGUCGAUCGGGUUGUGUUUUGCUGCUGCGCUGGAUGCUCUCUUUCGCUUGUGUGCGCAUUUGCACCGUGAUAUACCUGAACGCCAUAUGUCGCUUGCUCAGCGCGACAGGGUAAGAGUCUGGGAAAAAACAGAGGGGCAACCUGGCGAGUGGGGCCUUCGCGUUCCGCUGAAUGAAGGUGACUUGUUUGACGUGGCGUCAAUGCAGUUUGCUUUGCACUACAUGGGCCAGACAGAAGGGCGAAUGCGACGGUUCCUGCACGAAGUCUCGAGACACCUUCGGGUUGGGGGGAUUUUUAUCGCAACUACGAUGGACUCGCGCGUAUUGAUGCAGCUGCUUAUGGGCCACGCGGAGCAAUCCUGGGACUCUUCGCUCGGACGGACAACCCGCAAGGUGGAAAUCGAUGAUGAAAGACAACAAAACUUGCUCAGCAUCGUGUUUAAGGACCCAUUCGAGUCAUAUCUGCGUCAUUCCUCUGAAGACGGCGAUGCUACCGGUCCCUUCGGACUGGAGUACACGUUCACAUUGAGAGAAACUGAACUCAACAAGAACGCUGUGGACGAGGUGCCGGAAUGGAUGCUCCCGUUAGAUGCGCUGAAGGAUGCAGCCGCUGACUACGGACUCGAGAUGGAGACGGCACAGAAUUUCCACGAAUUCUUUGCUCACGAGUCGCAAGUAUACCCAGCUCGCCUUAAUCUCCGCAACAUGCACGUGUUCAAUCCUCGGGGCACCAUGAACAAUACGGAGUGGCGCAUAGCAGGUGAUUGCCAACUUCAAAAGUGGUAACUUGGUGUGCAUAGAUGAGGCGCUUGAUGGUUUCGCUUUUACCGCCAAAGUUUACUGCCAACGCCGCAGCUCAAUUGGAACGUAUUGUUGCAAGGGUUGCACCCUCACCGACACAUGGAUAUCUAACGUACUUCCCCGUUGGUCGCGUUUGCCAAUUGUCUGCCCAUGGAAUAGGAAUUUAUAUGGCGCUUGUAUUUCGCAAGACAUCAACGGACAUGCAGUCAGGUGAGUCAUGCCGCGCCGUUUGCCACGUGGGUGUGACGGCGACGUCAGCCUUCUUGAGUGUAACCAUACAGCAAGCAAUCAAAAUAAAGUAAAUAGAGCGGAUUACCUCGCUCUGGCUCCAGCGCUACACAUUUACAUGUAGCUUUAAUGUAUUCUAGCCCUACGUAGACAACUGGCGCGUGUGCCCCUUACGUACAUCGCAAUGAGGCACACAAGACACGUACUUAAGUGAUCUUUCCCUCUCUCUCGUCUGAAACAUGAUACAGUUGGGACAACUGCCCCUUCAAGUCCUCCUUCUUCGCCACCAUUCCAACAUACACCCGCCUCUCCACCAGCACCUCCAAGCGGCUGGGAGGGCCCCCCUCCCAAGUUCCAGCCGAUGUCUCCAACCCACCCCCCUCCGGAUGUGCCAUCGAGAAGUGGCGGCUUGGUGGACAACCGUGCAGUGCAGGGCGGAUCGCCACGAUCCCCCCCACCCGAAGAUUCCGAGUCAGAUGAGGAUGAUGUGUACGACCAAGCCGUGGAAAAUGCGAGAAGCGCCGUGCGGUCUGAAGAAUGGGAGGCUUUUUCACCAGAGAGGAAAAAGGCAUGCAUCCAGAAGCAGAUGGAUUUGCUCACGGCUAAAAGAUGAUUGAAUGUCACCUAACGGGCUGAGAUGGAUCCAGAAUGUCGGGCUUGUGAGUCUUCCUUGUUGAUCUUCGGCCAGCGGGUGUCACUGAAAAAGGACAAACGAGUCGAGUGAGGUUUCAGAAGAUGCGAUGCGUCAAAGCUGCCCGAUGGCAAGUUGUGUGAUCCAUUGAGGACAGCUAGGGGUGGUUACGUCGUGUGUCAUUCUUCAAGGAACAGCAACAAAAUGACAAGAGGGGCGGAGAGUUUCCUGGGUGUGAAGCACUCUCCUUCGAUUGGGUACCCACCCACACGACGCGUUUUCUCAGAUGCGUUCUUGUUAAAUGGCAGGUUCAAAACAAGGUGUCGGAACUCAAUUUUACGCACGUGCAAGAGUUUCGCUUUGAUGCUGCGUGAGUCUACAAAUGCCAUUUUUGUGUUGCGUGCCCCUAGACCUGCGACAACGCAACUCGCGUGUUUAUCGGCUGAGGACGUGGUGUUCGAGUUUCAAGUCGAGCUUUGAUAUUGAUUGUGGUAGAAAUAACGACGAGGAAAUAUACACAAAACAGAACCAACCCGA